AUGGGAGACAUGUUUUCACUUCUAUAUAAACCAUACGCGAUGGCGUUCUGGGUUUCGGCCGCCUUCGCCGCACCGGCCCUCGGUCCCUUGCUUUCAGGUUUCGCUGUCUACGCCAAAAAUUGGCGCUGGUCCCAAUGGGAAGUUCUCUGGAUGGCUGGUCCUAUAUUCCUUCUGAUGUUCUUCUUUCUUCCCGAGACGUCGCCUUCGAAUAUCCUAUUGAACCGCGCGGCACGUCUACGCAAGGCUUCCGGGAACGACAAGAUCCGGUCGCAGACUGAGAUUGAGAGAAAAGAUACCCCACUUAGUGCCAUAAUCGUCGACGCCACCUGGAAACCAAUUGAGAUUGCAAUUAAGGACCCGGCUGUACGUCUCCGUUCUCAGCAGGCGGAACAUCACUGA